GUCGUCGCCCAUCCACUCGCCACCAACGACCCCAGCACCAUGCCGCCGCCCUUCACGCUCGCCGCGAUCGCGCUAACGGUGUACAAUACCGCGCACACAAUCUUCGGCACCCUCUUCCCCUCGUCCUUUGGGGAGGAAGCCGACGCCGUGCUGCUCGGCAUGAAGACCGUGUCUUUCGACCUCAUGGGCUCGACAGCGAGCUACUACGGCCUCUUCUUCGGGCUCGGGCUGUACACUUCUCUGUUCCUCGCGUUCUCGGCGUACGUCGCGUUCGCGCUCAACGCCGCCGGCUCCGCCGAGCAAUGGGCCGUGCUCCGCCCCAUUGCGAUCUCGCUCGCCGUCGCGCACGUCGCGGACGCCGUGCUUGCCGGCCUGUACUUCUUUGUCAGCCCCGUUAUCAUGAGCGUGCUCACUGUGCUCUUGGUUGCUUGGGGGAUCAAGCAGAAGGACGACGAGUUCAAGAAGAAGGCGGAAUAGUGAAUGAUGAUGGAUGUUGGGAUGGUUUGCGUCGAGGUCGUCGAGCCUGCCUGCUCAGAGCAGACCAGCGACACGCUCCGGCAUGCAGUGAUCGUUGUGAUUGAGUCGACG